ACGAACACCUCUCCUCUCCUCUCUUCUCCUCUCUUCUCCUCAACCAUGUCCUCUAACGGUGCGGCAGACUCCGACCUCCUCCAGAUCCCUCUGGGCCUCAUCAACAGAGGGAAGUACCUCACGGCGGAGACGUUCGGCUUCAAAGUCAACGCGUCUGCCGGCAGCCUGAAGAAGAAGCAGACGUGGACGCUGGAGCAGAGCGGCGAGGACGGCAGCGCGGUGUUCCUGCGCUCCCACCUGGGCCGCUACCUGGCCACGGACAAAGACGGCAACGUGACCGCGGACAGCGAGACGCGCGGCGGACGCGACUGCCGCUUCGCCGUGACCGCGCACGAAGACGGGCGGUGGUCGCUGCAGUCCGAGCCGCACGGCCGGUACCUGAGCGGCAGCGAGGACCGCAUCACCUGUUUCGCGCAGGCCGCCACGCCGGCCGAGAGGUGGAGCGUGCACCUGGCCGUGCACCCGCAGGUCAACCUGUACAGCCUGGCGCGCAAGCGGUACGCACACCUGAGUACGCGCGGGGAGCGGCAGGAGGUGUCCAUAGACCGGGACGUGCCGUGGGGGGUGGACUCGCUGGUGACGCUGGUGUACCGGGACCAGCGCUACCACCUGGAGACCUCCGACAACCGCUUCCUCCGCAAUGAUGGCAGUCUGUCCGCAAAGACGGACCAGGACACCGGGUACGUGCUGGAGUUCCGCUCCGGGAAAGUGGCGUUCCGCGACGGAGCCGGACGCUACCUGGCGCCCGCGGGGCCGACCGGCACGAUGAAGUCUGGGAAGAGCGCACGGGCGGGGAAGGAUGAACUGUUUGGCCUCGAGCGCAGCCACGCGCAGGUUGUGCUGACUGCGGGCAACGAGAGGAACGUGUCCACGAGGCAAGGCAUGGACCUGUCGGCCAAUCAGGACGAGGAAGGGGACCAGGAAGUCUUCCAGUUGGAGAUGAGCCGCGAGGACAGGAAGUGCGCCUUCAGAACCGCUUCUGGGAAAUACUGGACCCUGACACCGAGUGGAGGACUGCAGUGCACGGCCUCCACCAAGUCGGCUAACAGCUACUUUGAGCUGGAGUGGCGUGACGGUCGUGUGUGUGUGCGUGCAGCCAACAACAAAUAUGUGAUCGCUAAGAGGAACGGACAGCUGGCUGCUACCAUUGACAGCGCAGGGGAGGCCGAGCAAUUCCUGAUGAAGCUGAUCAACCGUCCGAUCAUCGUCCUUCGUGGCGAGCACGGUUUCAUCGGGGCUCGCAAAGCAGGAAUUGUGACUUUGGACUCCAACCGGGCAUCAUACGACGUUUUCCAGCUGGAGUUCCACAACGGAGCUUACUCCCUUAAAGACUCCCAGGGGAAGUAUUGGUGUGUCGGAGACGACACGGCGGUCGGCUGCAGCAGCUCCACACCCGUCCAGUUCCUGUUUGAGUUCUGUGACGUCAACAAGAUGGCCAUCCGCGCUCUGGGGGGGAAGUACCUGAAGGGGGACCACGCUGGAGGGCUGAAGGCCAGCGUCGACUCGCUGGACAGCGCCACCCUCUGGGAAUACUGAGCAAGAGCACAGCCGGACCACAACGCUUCAAACUAUAUAGAUACUGUAGGUAGCUGUUGUUUUUUUUUUUGCAUAUGUGUGUGUGUGUGUGUGUGUAAUUGUGAAUUUGUCCGGAUGGAUGUGUGGUGGAUAUUGAAGCUGAUUAACUGGAAGUUAUGGCACCAAAGCACUGCAGGUGUUUUUUUAAAUCUCAAUCAUAAUCUCUUCUUACUGGGCUUUUUACUGGACAUUUGGAUGUACGAUGACUCGUUGUUUAAUGAAUGAAUAAUAGUGUGAUUUAUUGUUUCACUUCCACAUUAACACAAACUGUACCUGAUGACCAUCAGGACGAUUGCUGUUAUUAGUCGUGUGCCUAUCCGUGGUAACCACUGGUGUAAACGAACAUAUAGGAUGCUAUAACUCAUAAUAUCUAGCCUUCUCCUGUUAAAUGUCCUGCUAGCUAUAUUGCGCUGCUUUCAUCUCCUGCUCUUUUUCAAACUAUAAAGCACAACGCACAUCAGAUAAAUGGAUGUUAGAUGUACAUGUUUUUCUGCUGUAAAUAAAGGCUUUCUUUGUCGCUGAAUGCUUCAAAAAACAACAACAUAGUAACCAUGGAAACGUUGAGUGUAAAAGUGUGUUGAGGGUGUAAAGAGAGAAAUGGGGCUGUGGCUGGCCGAUCUAACAUGUUCUUUGCAUGUGUGCUACUUGCUGCACCUCAUCAGAUUUCCUUUAUAUAGACACACGCAUCAACAGGAAGUAGUCGGUAGUCAAAGGUUUCCCUUAAAUAUCUAAAUCCACUCCUGAUUAGUGUGAGGUUUUUGAUUAUACUUAAGGAGGAAACGAAUAAAGGAGCUUUUUUUGUCAUUGAGAAGGCUUCUCAGUGAGAAUGAUCAUCCUUGCAGGCCUUGUAAAGCAUAGAUACUACAGCUUCAAAUGCACAUAAAAACACACAAAUAUGCAGUCAUAGAUACAUUAAUUCCUACUUUGACUCAAAGUCUGCACAAUAAUGUCCCAAUUUCAAGUGAAAAGCACAUGUUUGUCUUAGAUUGGGUGCUGCUGCUGGUGUGUAAACACAAUGAAAGAGUCUCUCUGGCUGUAACUGUGGCUGUGCCUUCCAUAGAGUCUUUUUUCAUGUUCUUACAUUUGAUCUGAACACAAUAAAGUUUUCCCUCUUA